AUGGGAUGGUUAAAAGCUUCUAAACAGCUGAAUGUACCACAAAGAACUUUAAGACGAUUAGCCGAUGAGAAAUAUGGUUCUCCCGAAAAGGCUGCUUCUUGUAAACAUGGAAGGUUUCCUGUAUUUAAUGAUAAAUUAGAAGAGGAACUGGUUCAGUACUGUCUCAUAAUGGAAUCGCAUUUUUAUGGUCUAACAAGGAAGGAUUUACGUAAAAUGGCAUUACAAUUAGCCAUUAAAAACAAAAUAAAGCAUCCUUUUAAUAAUAUAAUGGCUGGCAAAAAAUGGCUUACUUCGUUUUUAAAGAGGCAUCCUAGUUUGUCAAUUCGGAAACCUACAGGAACAUCCUUUGCCAGAAAGGAAGGAUUUAAUAAAGAAAGUGUGAACAAGUUUUUUGAUUUAUUGGAUGCUGCUUUUGAUGAGUAUAAUUACCCACCAGAUCGUAUUUUUAAUGUUGAUGAGACGGGUUUGACUGUUGUCCCAAGCAAAAUUCCUCUAGUUAUUGGAAGAAAAGGUAAGCGUCAAAUUGGUACGAUAACAUCAGCGGAAAGAGGAUCUUUAAUAACAAUCAUUUGCGCGAUGAAUGCUACUGGAAUAUUUGUUCCCCCAAUGGUUAUAUUUCCAAGGAAAAAUAUGACAGACGUGUUAAUGAGAGGUGCCCCUUCUGGUUCAGUUGGUGUCGCACAUCCAUCAGGAUGGGUACAAACUAACCUAUUUACCAAAUGGUUUGAACAUUUUAUUGAUAAAACUAAACCAAGUAAAAAUGAUCCUAUCUUAUUAUUACUUGAUGGACAUUAUAGUCAUACAAAAAAUAUUGAAUUAAUAGAUCUUUCGACAAAACAUUUUGUAAAAAUAAUUUCGCUUCCUCCACAUACGACACAUAAACUUCAGCCACUGGAUAAAUCUUUUAUGAGCCUAUUAAAGACAUACUACUCAGAAGAAAUUAGAAUAUGGACACGUACAACAGGAAGACCGAUUACUCAAUAUGAUAUUAUGGAUCUACUUGGCCGUGCUUACAUCAAGUGUCAAACUGCUGAAACUGCUGUCAACAGCUUUAAAGCAACAGGAAUAUACCCUCCGAAUCGCAACAUUUUUUCUGAUAUGGAUUAUUUAGCGUCACAAGAAGAGAUAGAAGAAGUACAUUCUGAAAAUGUUUUGCCUCUAACUCCAGUGCUCGCAUCUGAUGAAGUUUCUGUUAAUAGUAAUAUACUUAAACCUUCCUAUUCUACAAUAUCAUCUAUUGAGUUACAACCAUCUACAUCAUAUAACAUUUCUCCGUUUAAAAUUAUGCCAUUAACAAAAAAGCGACGAAAAGUUUCAUCUAGAGGUCAGGUCGAGGAGGAAGUCGAGGAAGAGGUCGAGGAAGAGUUCGAGGAAGAAGUCGAGGAACAGAUAGUUCACACUGUCAAAAUUCGAAUCAAUUCGCUGGUCGAGAUAAUAAAAACGAUGUUUUGUCUAUAG